AUGGACUUUACAACCUGUGUCCGGCAACGAGUGCCACCCAAAUGGAUUAUAAAACCAAAGUCAUCCGAAAACAUAGAAGAAACUUUUCAAUCUGUAUUACCCCACAAUCCAUACUACGUGAAAAAAGUUAUUGGAAAAUUGAUUCAAGAUGCUGAAAAUGAGGGAGAAGCACCGGAAAUGCUCUAUGAAAUGUAUUGCUGGCCACAAGUGCUACAAGCUAAAGAAUUGAAGCCAACAGAUACCGAUAUUGUUGCUUAUAAAGUUGGAUCAGCACAGAUAUGGAUUCCAGAAACCCCACGCCUCAUAUCCGGAAUGGGCACUACAGGAUUACGAACAUGGGAAGCGUCAUUGUUCCUCUCGGAGUAUUUUGUCCAUGAAGCUUUUUUGGUCAAUAAAAGUGUACUAGAAUUGGGAUGCGGCACCGGACUUGUGGGCAUCUCAUUGCUUAAAAACAAACUAUGUGAAAGUGUCAUAUUCACAGAUGGUGACAUUGGAGUAGUUGAGAAAAUGAGCAACAUCUUGAGUCACAAUGGAGUCAAUGGCAACUCUCAGCAACUUUUAUGGGGAGAAUCUCAAGUUCCAUCCGUUGAUAUUUUAGUCGCUGCCGACGUCACAUACGACAUAUCUGUAUUACCUAGCCUACGCGAGACACUAAAAAGUGCAUUUUCAUCCGGAUGCCAGCAAAUAUUCAUAGCUGCAACAAUUAGAAACGAAGACACAAUUCUGGCUUGGGAAAAUGAACUCACAAACCAUUUCAAAUGGAGCGUCAUUGCCUCAAAAAAUCAUAGCAACAUCAAUCUUCAGUGCUGGUAUCCGCCACAAACUCCCGACAUCAAGAUAUACAGUAUAGAAAUAUGA